CACGGUUACCAUGGUAAUAGCUGAUCACACGACUAGCUGGCUAACUACUAGCUAUCUAGCCAUAAUGGGCGUUGACAAUCUGGUUUCAAGAUGGCACUUUGAUGACGGGCUGAAGGAUACAACUGCUUACUAACCGACCAAAUGAGAUAACAGCACAGCAGCAAUGUCUUCCUUAGGAAAGGAAAUGACUGACCUUCAUUUAAGCCUUGAUUGUGGUGAUAAUGCUGUUAAAACACAUACCCCACACAUUCUACCAGAGUGUGUUGAACCUAUACAGAUCACUGAGUAUGUCACAUCUGACACCCUAUAUUCCAGCAGAAGAAACUUAAAAUAUGUUGUGGAUUGCAUUUUGAAGAACACUACUUUAAAGAAUUUGUAUCUUGAAGGUAAUGAAAUAUCCAGGCUUCCGGAUACGCUGUUCACCAGUUUGUCAAACUUGGUGUGGUUAGAUCUCAGAAAUAACCAAAUCACAUCCCUCCCUGCGAAAAUUGGUCUACACAGAUGUCUGAAAACGUUGCUGCUAGAAGGGAAUCCUAUCACAGAGCUUCCACUGGAAUUGGGUAACGUGAUUACUCUCAAGGCCCUGAGUUUGAGGCAUUGCCCCAUCACGUUUCCACCUCAAGAGGUUGUGGGGCAGGGCCUCCAAUGCAUCCUACAGUACCUACGGAGUGCCAUGGCCGAACGACCGGUUAGUGUGCGGAACUCUCUUCCAGACAUGCCCCCAGUGGAGAAGCUACAGUUGACAGAGCUUGUGAAGUCCAGUUUGGACCUUUGUGAAGAGGUGGUGGAUGAAGAUGAGCUGCAGAGGUUCAGAGAGCUGAGGCAGAAGAUGAGCCAAAUGGACAGAGAUGAGUUUGGCUAUGCCCUCCCUAUUUCACGCCUCCCUAGAGCAGCAGAGGGUGAUAGAGGCCACAAGACAUACCCGCUGCCCGUCAUUAAAAGAAAGAAAGAGAUUACCAGGGGAAAUAUAUUUCCCGAGCUCCCUCCCUUUGACAUGCAGUACUGGAAGAAGUCAGAGGAGAGAAGACUGGCUGCAAUGAAAGAGCUUAAAGAAAAACAAGCCAUUCUUGAACAAAGGAGGAAAGACCAAGAGCUCCUCAAGGAAUGGCGUACUCAUGCUAGGGUCAUGCAGGAGAGGAAAAUCUUAGAGCACAAGCAGGAAAGGCGUGAGAGACAUAGAAGAGAAGAGGUACCGAUAAACGCUCCAUACGCCACAGAGUCUCUGUGUAGUGUUGUUGAAAGUGGUGAGGUCAAGACCCACAACCCCCCACCAAAGAGGAUCCAGAGACAGAGAUCGUUCCUGUCCCAGAAGGAACACGAGGAAGCCAGGGCAGCCCGCGACCGGGAGUUAGAGCAGCGGAUCAGGAGCCAUGUUCAGAUGAUCCAGGAGAGGCGCAGGAGGCCCAGUGGCACUGCCCAAGAGGAGACAGAAGCUGCAAGGCAGGACAUGGAGGAAGCCAAGAGAUUGCAGUCGGAACUUGCUGAGAGGAAACAGGAGAGCGACAUCGAGUAUCGAUUCAUCGCAUUUACUGGGGAGAACUCACCAAGAUGCUAUGACAAGUGAAAGUAUUUUUGUGUGUGUAGACCUACUGCCAUUUAGAAUUGUUGCCGUAUUAAAUGAAUUGACAUUGUAUGCAAAGAAGUAGUACAGGACAGGGUAGUAUGGAAUUAUAGCACUCUACAGUUUACUCAAUCACAAUGGCAUCCGAUACCCAUUCAUCAAUAAACAUUUCAGCCUGUUACACGCACAUCAUUAGUUAAGUGUAAAGUGCUUGUGUUCCAAGAUAAACAAACCCUCAUUCAUCAAGUCAAUCAGUGCUAAAUAGCAGCCUAAUAGGUCACUGUAUUUCAGGUCUUUGCAACUGUACAGCAGCUAUACAUGGAUUGAUCAUGUAUACUUAUUUGACUGUAUGUGUGCCUAUAGCCUAAAUUCAGUGCUUGACUUUGACUUCAAUAGGUUCCGGUACUCCUUUGGGGUGCUGGUACUGUUUAUAUUUAGGUGCAGAGGCUCUAUAAGAGUAUUCUAUAAGAGGAACAGGAGCUCAAGCAGUAGAGCUCCUGCCCAAGUCAAGCACUGCCUAAAUUACUUAUUGAUACAGUUGGCUUGGAUACAGACAGUAAAUAUGGGGGUGAUUCAUGUAAACCAGGGCAGUUUGAAGGUAAGAAUAUAUGUAAUUUGGAAUGGCACGAUGAAAAUGGCUAGAAGAUACUGUUAGAAUGGAAGGGGGGAUGUAUCGGGGGCGGCUGGUAGCCUAGUGGUUAGAGCGUUGGGCCAUUAGCCGACAGGUUACUAGAUCGAGUCCCUGAGCUGACAAGGUAAAAAUCUUUCGUUCUGCCCCUGAACAAGGCAGUUAA